AUGAACCUUUACAAACUUUCACUGAGGUUCGAUUGCCACCUUGCAGAACUAGCCUUAAUCGGAGAAUGGAAUCGUGGGCCAAGAAAUGCUGAAUGCGAAAUGAAGGGUGUAAUGGGCAAGUGUAUAGAGGGGUCGCUGCUGGAUAUUGCGAUGACACAAAGUGGUAAACAUCCAUGUAUAGGUCGGGUACUUACCGCAAGAAACAGAUUUGGAUGUGCUGUGUUGCUGUUCACCGAAAAAAGUAGUGAGCACCAUAUAACCGUCCAGUGCUUGUUCGACUCAAGCAUAUUUCCUACUACUACUGCUAAGCCUCCGCGUUAG